AUGUCGAAGACGGGCAUCUACGAGGACUUGCUGCCUCCUGCGCACCCGGUGACGGAGAAGAAUCAUGGAGCGUAUGUGCUGCUCACGGCGGUGAUAAUGAUUGUUAUUGUCGGCCUUACCGUUGCGACGAAGUUGCAGAUGACUGUGUCGACUUUUCGGAAGCUGAGGAGGGACGACAUUGCGUUGGUGACAGCUCUGCACUACUACGCCGCCCAACUCCUCAUCUACCCCUCCACCACCGCCUCCAAAGCCGCCAUCACCCUCCUUAUCCUCGCCCUCAAACCCCCGCGACAGUGGAUCGUGCUCGCCCUGUACACCGUCCUCGGCGUCUCGAUCGCCUGGGGAGUCGCUGCGACCUUCACCGUGGCCUUCCAAUGCGGGCCAGAGCGCUGGGUCAUGGGUCCCUCGGGUGCGAAUACCUGUAUCGACCAGUACGGCGCGCAGAUCGGGAUUCGUCUGGUCGAUAUCGUGACCGACGUGGCGCUUUGUGUGUUGCCGGCGGUGAUGAUGGGAUAUGUGCAGACGGGCCUCCAACGGAAACUGGUGGUGUCGGCCAUGUUUGGGAUGCGGAUCAUCACCCCCAUCUUCACCGCCAUCACCCUCUCAACCUACUCCCCCUACUACGCCUCCCCCACCCUCCGCCGCCCAUUCGCCUCCACCCUCCCAACAAUCUACACAACAAUGUCCCUCACCACCUCCCUCCUAACCGCCUGCCUCCCCUCCAUCAAACGCGUCCUCACCGACUGGGCGGCGGGAAUGUCCAACGCCGGCAUCCUCGAGCCCUUUGAACUUCAACACUCCUCUAACCAACAAAACGGCUCGUCCGGCCAUCCGUGGAGUCAUACACCCAAGAACCAUCCCAUGAGCCAUCCGCGGAGUCAUACACGCUCCAAAAUCGAGCAUAUCAAACCCACAGCUAGUGGACACGGAGGGAGCGAGGAAGAUUACGCCUACUACGUCAGUCACAGGGACAGAGAUACGAGGGAAGGAGGGAGUGAGGACGACGAGAGUAAGAGGGGGUUGGUUAUGGGAGAGGGGCAGGGGAUUAUGCAGACGGUGGAUUAUCUUGUUGAGUUUGAGGAGGAGGGGAGGCGGGGGAGUCGGGUUAGGCGGAGGAGCUAG